GUAUCUUUUCAUGAGCGAAGUAGUUCGGUGAUUCCUUGCGAUGUUUUUGACAAUAAACAGGGCUCAGUUUUUUCUGAAGCGGUUUUCGAGUGGAGUAAAUAAUAAAAUCUAUCCAUCGGCGCAAGAAGCUAUUGAGGAUGUAAGCAGCUUUAGUCAGUUGCUCUUCGGUGGAUAUGGAAUUUGCGGUAUCGCCGAGAAUUUGAUCGAAGCUUUGAGGAAGCAUCCAUCCAAAGAUUACUCGGUGGUAACCAUAGAACCGGGAUUGGUAGAUUACGGACUCGGAUUACUUCUUAAUGAGAAGAAAAUCAAAAAGAUGAUCCUUUCUUUCAUGGCUGCUAAUCCUCAAUGUAUCAGGCAAUACUUGAAUGGUGAACUUGAAGCGGAAUUUUCACCGCAAGGAACUUUGAGCGAACGUUUGAGGGCUGGCGGUGCUGGUAUCCCAGCGUUUUACACGGCAACAGCUGUUGGAACUCUUAUGCAAACGGGAGGAUGUCCCAUGAAGUAUAAUGAACAAGGACUGAUUGUAAAGGAAAGUGUACCUAAAUCAAGUAAAAUAAUCGACGGAAAGGAGUAUAUCUUAGAGAAAGCCAUUGUUGGAGAUUAUGCAUUUAUCAGAGGUUGGAAAGCGGAUAAAUUGGGAAACGUAGUCUUCAGGAAAUCCGCAAGGAAUCUCAAUGUGACUGCGGCUAAAGCAGCUAAAAUCACCAUAGUCGAAGUCGAGGAAAUUGUUGAUGUCGGAGAAUUGGAUCCGGAUGAUAUACAUUUACCUGGAAUCUACGUGCAACGCGUAGUUAAAGGCGAUAAAUACCUGAAGCCUAUACAAAUACUGAAGGUGCAUGAUGAAAAUAAUUCUCGUUUAGACCCUAUUCAUGAACGGAUUGCGCAAAGGGCUGCAUUGGAAAUACGUAACGGAAUGUUUGUUAACCUUGGUAUUGGAUUGCCUCUGCACAUCCCAAGCCAUGUUCCUUCUGAUGUGGAAUAUUUUGUACAAAGCGAUAAUGGUAUAAUUGGCGUAGGGCCUUAUCCAACUUGGGACGAAAUUGAUCCUGAUUUAGUCAAUGCAGGAAGGGAGACGACUACUGUUAUUCCAGGUGCAUCCUUUUUCAGCAGCGACGAAAGCUUUGCCAUGAUUCGAGGAGGUCACAUUGAUAUGACUGUCUUAGGUGGAUUAGAAGUGUCUCAAUACGGUGAUCUUGCAAACUGGAUGAUUCCCGGUAAAUUUGUGAAUGGAAUGGGUGGAGCUAUGGAUUUAGUUUCAGGACCAAAUACAAAAGUUUUGAUCUGCAUGCAGCACAAUAACAAGGACGGAAAACCAAAGAUCGUAGAGGAAUGUACCUUGCCCCUGACUGGAGCUAAAUGCGUGGAUAUGAUCAUAACGGAGAAAUGCGUUUUUGAAGUGAAUCCUGGUAGAGGUUUGGUGCUCGUCGAUCUUCAGGAAGGUGUUUCAUUGGCAGAGGUUGUUGAAUCAACGGCUGCUUCUUUCGAAGUUUCACCAAAUGUGAGGCAGUUGAAGCAACGCGCUUAUCAAGUUUAA